ACAACAUUGUUGCGCCCACGUUGGCAACAUAUAAAACAACAACACAACAGAAACAACAACAGCCACCAUUAAUAGCAACAACAACAACAACAGCGGGCGCCAAUCAACAAACCCCCAACUCAGAUACAAAUCAAAUAGAAGAACAUCUGUUGGUGGUGAAUAGUGCUGCUGCUGAAACAUCUUCUCUAAAUAAUAUAGAAUUUAUACCAACAUUAGAAUUUGUUGAUACAACAACAACUUGUGUUAAAUACGAUCAUUUGCAACAAUGUUUAGAAACAUGUUUACAAGUUGUUGAGGAAAUACCAAAACAGCAACAGCAUGUUUCGACAAACACAACUACAGCAACAAAUUCUGCUCAAACAUUUACAGUUGAAAGAACUUUUAGUGAUCGAGAGCAACAACAAGCAGAGCUAUCACUAUCUUCUUUAAUAGAUACCAGUGAUUUGUUACAGCAGGAGGUCCCACAAUUUAGUCUUACAGACACUGCUUCAUUUACAACGUACUUUGAUGAACCAACAUCCUCCAUAUCACUCGGCAUAAUGGAGACGACUACACAAUCAAAUAAAUCAUUAAGCGAACAGAGAUCUACCACAGAUCAUAUGCCGGCCUCCACAACGCCAACAACUACAACGAAAAAUACAACAUCUGCAGCCACAACAGCAACAACUACCGGUCAAAGUAAUGUGCCACAAAGUUUAGCAAAUCCUAGUUUAAGUGAAACCGCCGAUGAGGAAGAAGAGAUCGAGGAAGAAAUCGAAGAGGCCUUAGAGAUGAGUGAGGAACAAGAUUAUAGUAAUUCCCUGCCGGGUACCAGUAAGAAACAACCUCAAAUGCAACAAUUAUUUGGCAUAGAAUUGUCGGAAAGUUCCAGUGAGGAAUUGAGAGUUCUAAAGGAACAAAUGAGUAAAAGUAAAAGUUUAAAAAGUGAAACAGAAAGCGAUCAGUUUAAAAUCGAUGAUGAUCAAUUGUCGGGCGGUAAAUUGGCUCAACAUUUUGUAAUAGCUGAAGAGGAUAGCGAUUUUUCAGGUGAUAUAGAAUUGCCCUCGGGAAAGAGAUUAGUGCAUUCAAAACAUGAGUCCUCUGAGUUUGAACAUGAAGUUAAUGUUUUAUCGGGAGGCCAGGAAGAAGAAGAGCAAAGUUUAGCUAAUCAAUCUACUGCAGAUGAUGUGUCUGAAUUGCAGGAAGAGGCUAAGCUGGACAGUGAAGUAUUAACACAAACAAUGACGGAACAUAGAACAACGGAAACCUCAGAUCAGGAUUUGCCAACAAGUGGACCUAAAGAAAUGUUAAAGAGUUCGGUAACACAGGAAAGUUAUAACACAAAUGAAAGUUCAAAAGCAGGAGCUUUAGUUCAAGCAGAUAAUUCCAAAGAAUUGUCUAAAUCCAAAGAACUGUCCAAUUCCAAAGAAUUAAACAAUUCCAAGGAUACUUCUCUAACACCAGCCGAAGCUAAAACAGAAAAUGCCAAAAGUGUAGACGAGGAAAAACCUCCAAUGUUGAAAACUUUACGACCAGAAUUUUUUGAAAAUCCCAAUAUUAAACCUUUAUCGGGAGCUUCAUCCCUGCACAGUGAAAAAGAUCAUUCCAUUGAAGAAAUAAUGGCUUCUAAUCAAUCACUAGAAAUGACAUUCGAGGUGGAGGAGUUAUUUGAAAAGACUUUGCAGUCAGAAAUGAUCACCGAUUUAGAUGAUAGUUUGCCGGAAUUGGAGGAAAAGCCUACUACUUCCAAACAAGCUGAAAAGGAUCUUAAGAACCAAAUCGCCAAAUCUCUGCCCUUAAAAGAACAUCAAGCCAAAAUUGAGCAGCUGCAAGAGCCUUGGUCUACUUUACAAAUCAAUACUAAAGAGGAGGAUGAUGAGGAGACAUCUUUACAGUUAAUGAAACUAAGAAUAAUGGCCAUGAAAAUACAACCCAAGGAAAACAACAUGCAAUUGUCUCCAACAGGAGAACCUUCAGGUCCUAUAGAUAACAGUCAAAUUAAGGCAAUGGAACGGAUAUCCUUGGUAGACUUCGCCAAAGAUGUUUUAGAGGAUAUUACAGAGGAAAGUGAACGUAACUCUUUGUCUACCCAGGAUGAACAAAAUUCUUUAACCCAUGAAAAGUCGGGCACUUUAACCUCAAAAAGUGAAAGCAAAACUAACAACAAAAAUGAUAAUACCAAUUCCACGGUCAGUUUAAAUAUGAUACAAAUGCUGGAGCAAAAGGUGGGAGAACUGCAGCAAAUGUUGGCCAACAAGGAUGCCUGUCUGGCUUCUUUGAAUCUACAGCUGGAGCAUAGUAAUAGGAGAGACUCACAAACUAAUAACAAUUCAUCUGAAUUAUUGGGUUCUGGCAGAGAUUCCAGUUCUCUGGUAACCAAUUCCACAGAGUAUCGAACAUUUCAGGAAGAUUUUGGACAACCGACCAUGGACAUUUAUAUGGAGUUAAGCAAACGUGAUGAGUUAAUAGCUAAACUCAACGAUUCCCUGCAGCAGUCACUCUCUAUACGAGAACAUUUACAAACUGAAUCGGAGAAACUUAAUCAUGUCAGUUUACUGCGUAAACAACUGUCGGAAGCCAUGGAAUCUUGCAAAAAAUCCUAUUGGCCGAGAGAUCAAGAAAGUAAUUAUGGACAAAGAAUCUCGGAAAUUUCCAUGGAUUUGGUAAGUGAAUCAGAUGAUGUAGAUCGUCUUUAUCUCACCGACAAUGAUGAGAAAAUGUCACGCAACUCGCGAGAAAGACAACUAUCUAUGCCCCGGCAAUAUGAUUAUCCCACUAGUGAUGUGGAAAUGCCUUGUGAUUCUACCGCUUUUAGUAAACAGAUAGAACAAUUCCAAAAGUAUUUAACACCCAGUGAAGUGCGUCUCUUUUUUAUGGUCCAAAAAAAAUUCGAUGAUUAUUUGUGUCAAGAAUUGGAAAAAUGUAAAAUGAAAUAUGAUCAGGUUAAAAUCAUAAUGGAUCAAUGGGAUACUGAAAAACAUGAAAAGGAUCAUGAGAUUCAAAAGUUAAUUCAACAAAAACAAGAAAGAGAAGCUAAACACAAUCAGGAAAUGGAGGAUUUAAGGAAAUAUUUUGAAACCAAAUGUGCCGAUCUGGAAAAACAAUAUUCCGAUGAUGUUUUCUCUCAAAAAUCUCAACGUCAUGGCAUGAGUUCUUCCUCCGCCUCAGAAUGUUCAGAUCAGGAGCAAUUGCCGGAUGAUUUUAAAAUAGUUAUACCCUGCAAAUCUAAAGAAUCUUCACCACGCAAACGUUCAAAAGCUGAAUUAUUGCUAAGUCCUUCUCAUCGUCAAAUGACUCCAGGUAGUGAUAAUUAUAAUGAUGAUUUAGCAACGAAUCAGGGAACUCAAUUGGCCUUGGAAAUAACCGAAUUAAAGACAUUUUAUCAAAAUAAAAUUCAUGAAAUUCAACGUUCCCAAGAGGAGAAUAUUAAGAAAUUAAGUGAUCGCCUCAAGUAUUAUGAAUCUCGUUAUCCCGAAGAUGAGUUUAUGUCAUCAAAUACUAAAAAUUCCACCCUGAAUUCGACCCACGAGACCACAGCGACAACCAAUACGGAAGAUUUAACACAAAUCACCGUACGUAGUCUAAAUCAAACUCCCCAACAACAAAGCCUGCCAAAUGAAGGGGCCUCAGGAACACCGUUCCUUAGCAAUAAUAACAAUAAUAACAAUUCAUUGAUCAUAAUCGAUCAAGAUGAAUUGAAUGGUAGUAAUGAGGCCCAAGUGAUACAAAUCAUUGAUGAAUAUGAAAGACGUUUGCAAGAACAAUUGGCAUUGGCUAGAGAAGAUAUUGUACAUGAGCUGGAACAGCAGAUACAGACAUUAUUAUCGGAAUCAACAACAGAUGAUCAACAUUGGCCCAAAGAAUUAAUAUUAUUGAGAGAGAAAUUUACGGCUAAAAGUCAAUUGGAAAUUGCACAAUUACAAAUUAAACAUGCUGAUGAGAUGUCUCGCUUAAAGCAAGACUAUGAAAAACAACUAAAUCGCAAGAACAAACGUCAUUCUACGUUUGAUUCUGUACGCGAUUUUGACAAACUACUCAGUGAACGUGACAGUUUGCGUGAGUUGUCAAAAGCUUUCAGACAAGUACUCUCUGAAUUGCUGAAGUGUGUAGCUAACUGUGAAAAUGAUAUAACUGAAAACUUAGCUGAAGAAGUACAACGUCUUUUAUCCUGUAAUCGUACCCUAGAAGAACAUGCUCUGGAAGACUUUACCCUUAAUUCCUCCCUGAUAAAUGAUACUUUAAAUACCAGUAAAUUACGUAUGAUACCAGAUGUACAAAGUCUGCUGGAAGUAGUAGAAGAUCCUAGUUUGGUGCAGUAUGUUAGUGAGAAAAAUGCUGAUAUUAGUGAAGAUUUUGAUCUUAAAGAUUGUUUAGAACGUUUAAGAUCAGAAGCUUCUUUCCUGUUGCAUUUAUCGGAGGAAGUAGUAAAGAAACAUGACAGCAAAGAGAGAAGAGAAAGUUUCUCUAGUGAGCGUGAGAAACAUGAUAGUGAACAAGAGGAUGGUUUGAAAAUGCAACAACAACGUAAAUUUAUACGUGUUAAUUCGCUAAAUGAACAACAAUUACCCACUCACCAAUCUUCUCUCAUACAACAAGCUCAAAAUCUUACUUCUCUACCACCCGAUCUAAAUAAAUUCUAUUUGGAUAAUAACUCCUGCAGUACUAAUAAUGCCUCUGAAUUGAAUUUCCAAUUGGUAGAAUUAAAAAAUCGUUUGGUUAAAUCUGAAAAUGAUCGUUUGCGUCUACAACAAGAAUUAGAUCAUACCAUAUCACGUAACUCAGAUUUGGGACAAGAACUGCAGCAUUUAAGAGAUCAAUUGUCACAUUUAAGUUCUUUAAAUAAUGUAGAAUAUAAUGAAGGUUAUGGCUUGGGUUCCAUGAAAUCUCCUCAACGUUUAUCUCACUCCGAACAUUCUUCCUCCAGUUUUGCUUUGUUGCAGGAAAAGGCCAGAAAUAUUCUAUCGACUCCUACUCAGAAACAACAGAAUAAUGAUUCUACUGUCCAGCUACUGCAAAUGAUUGAAGAUUUUUGCCGUGAGGGUGAUAAAGUGGUGGAAUGCAGUAAAAAAGAUCGUGAAGAUUUACAGUCCCAGAUUAUAACGGCCGAUAAGCAAUUAAAGGCCACACGCCAAUUUCUGGAUGAACAGGCCGCUGAACGUGAACAGGAACGUGAUGAGUUUAUGAAGGAAAUCGAAAAUCUAAAAGCUCAAUUAAGGGAUAAAGAAAAAGAACGCAGCUCCUAUGCAAAUGCCUCUGAGGAGGUUGAGAACUUGGAAACACAAAUCCGUGAUUUGACUCAAAAACUGCAAGAAUCGUCUACAAAACGUGACAAAUUUGAGGUUGAAUUGAAAGCUUCCAUCGAUAAGAUCUUUGUAUUGCGUGAAAUUAUUUCAGACCUCGAGACCCAAGUGGAAACUAAGGCACUCAAUGAACAUGUCAUGGGUGAAAAGGUUAAGCAAUUGGAGGAAUUCAUCAACACACAAUCACGCUCCAAUGAAACCCUCCAGAGUGAAGUACAACGUCUUAAAACCGAAAUAGAACAAAACUAUCAGGUGCACAUCAAUCAGUUGGAAGAAAAAUUGCAAAAUAUACGUCCCUCAGCCGAACAAAGUAUCAUUAUGGAUCAAGUGGUAGAACAAUUGCGUGACAUUGAAAAUACCCUCGAGCAAAAAACUAAAAAUCUCGAAUCCAUACAUUCAAAUACAAAUUCUUGCAGUUUAAGUAUAACUGAAGAUGUUUCCGUACAUGGUGCGGGUAAAGCGACACAAUCUCUUCUAACCACUAUAGUAACACCACCACAGGGUUCACCAGUACAUCCCUCACCACGCCAGCAUUCUCUAACCAUGGAGGGUGUUCAGCGUGUGGUGGAUAAAUUGUCGAAACACUCAAGAGUAGAAGAGGCAGCUGUUAAACGUAUAAGAGAUUUAGAAAUGCAAAUACAACAAAUGAGAACAGCAUGUGUGGAACUUCAGCAUGAGCGUGAAUCGCUGCAAGAGCGCAUGUCAGAACAAACACAGCGCAUCUCUGCUUUGCAAUCACGCCUCGAAGAGCAACGUCAACGUGCCGAAGAACUGCAACGCUCGAACACUUCCGAUCUCAAUAUACGCAUACAUGAUCUGCAAAAUGAAUUGCAGAAUCUGCGUGAGACACUCUCCAAUCGUGACAAACAAAUUGCCACCAUGAAACAGCAAUUGGAAAAGAGUAAAAUGGCUAUAGAUCGUUUAGAAGCUGAACUGGCGGUAGAGCAGCAACCUGAUCGUAGUGCUUUAGAGAGACUGGAAAAUGAACUGAAACAAAAGCAGGCAGAAAAUCAAAAGCUUAAGGAUAAAAUCAAAAAUGAAAUGAUUAACAAAUUGGCUUUGCCCGAUCUAAUGGAAACUAUGUUGGCGGAUAAAAAUGAAGAGAUUGACCAUUUGAAGGAACAGCUGGAAAGCAAAGAAAAGGAAUUGCAAUCGGUAUUGGAUAUAAGUCAAGCUUCUUCAGUGGGCGCAGCCAAAAAACCCGAAGAGGCUAGCACUAAGUUAAGUGCUAGGACACUCAGUGAUAUAGUUUCUAUAACAGAAUUUGAUGAACCCGACGUGGUGCGUAGAGCAGCGGCCCAUAAUUUAACUUCUCCUCUUUUGCUGCCAGAAGGUAGUGGAGGAUUUUUACACAAUACCAUGGAAACAUCUAAAGGAGUAGUGGCUAAUUUAACGCACAAACGUACCGAGGAUUUGUCAGGUUUUACUACUUUACAACAGGUUAAUACCUUCGAUCAUCCUCACUACUUCCAAGAUCCCAAUAUAUUGGGUUCUGCCCAAUCAGGAGCCUCUGUAACGCCCGCAUUAGUGCCAAGACAAAUCAAUUUCUCUGCCAUGACCGAAGAUUCAAAAUUGAAAACUCCCAAUAAUUUACAAACUCCGGAUAGUAAACAAACUCCUCAGGAAUAUCUAGAGGAUAAAGAGAAUUUGGAGCAGGAAAUCAAAGAGCUUAAGGAUAAGAUCCAGCAUUUAGAAAAGGAAAAAGAGAAGAGUGCUGAUUAUUUGCUUUCUUCCCAACUAAGAUUGACCAAUCUGCAAGAUGAGCUGGCCAAUAGCCAAAAAGAAUUGUUGAAUCUGCAGGCGGAGAGUUUGAGAAAUUACCAAGAAAGUGAGGAGACGCUGGUCAAACGUUUAAGAGAAAUGGAAGAGAAAUUGCUGAAAAAUACCGAAAAUGAAAUGAAGGAAAGAGAAAACCUAAGAAAGGAGCUGUUGGUCAUUAGCGAGUCCCAUGAGCAGUGCAAAUAUGUGCAAAGAGAUAGCGAGGAUCGCAAAAAACAAAUCGAAUUACUAAAUCAAGAAAUUAAAACCAAAGAUGAGAGACUUUUAACUUUAAGCACUAAACUCUCCAUAGCCGAGGAUACCAUAGGAGAACUGCAAAUACAAAUCACUAAUUUGGAAAAAGAUGUGGAGAAACUGAAACAGCAAAACAGCGACAAUAGUUCCAAACAGUUCUCCGUGGAUGAAAUUGCACAACAGGUGGAGAAAGAGUUGAAUUACUCGGCCCAAUUAGACUCGAAUAUAUUAAAGGCCAUAGAAAGUGAGGAAGAGAAUAAUCUAGAUCGCUCGCAUCAAGAGAAAACGGUGGUUAAUGAGCAUCCCGGAACAACAGACGAUGAAAACUUUACGGGAGAACGUGAGUUGCUAAAUCAAUUGGAGGCUUUGAGAGCACAAAUCUCAGUGGAGAGAGAACAUGCUGAAGACAUACGGCAAGAAUUGCUAUUAGAGAAGCAACACUCUCAAGAAGUACAAGAACAAGAUGUAGUGAUCAUAGAGGCCAUGCGUAAACGUUUAGAGUCGGCCUUGGAACAGGAAGAUGAACUGCACAAACAGUUGGAUAUCGAAAGAGAAAGAUGUGAACGUUUACAGACACAGCUGACCACACUACAAAGAACCGAUAGUCGUCGAAAUUCUUCACUUUUGAAAUCACCCACAGAAUCGCCACGCAAAUCCCCCAGAUCACUCAAUGACUUUGAAUCUGAACUAGCCGAUCGACUAAGAAGUGAAAUUAAACUAUUAACUGCCCAAAAUGAAAGAGAACGUGAGAGAUGUGCUGAUCUGCAACGCAACACCGAAAGAGAACGUUCACGUUAUGAAAAGGAACUGACCGAGAGAAUCGAAUAUUGUGAAAAACUUAAGCGUGAAAUGGAUAAAGUGGCACGAGAUAAAGAUAAUGCUGAAAUGGAAAUUGAACAUUUACAGGAACGUUUAACUCUGCAAACUCAAGAAAUUGAAUCCUUGGAAGCACGCAUAGCUAGUCUGCAGGAAGCAGAAACUCGCCGCUUUACACGCAAGGAAAAACAACACAAAGAAUAUGCCCAAAUGAUGGCCGAAAUACAAGAACUGAAAACCCAAGUAUAUUCUCUAGAAGCUGAGAAGGAAGGACUCAACAAAACCAUCAAUCAACUGCGUUUUGAUGUGGAAAGAUCUGCACAAAGAGAAGUCAAAUUAGCUGAGGCUUUGGCCAAUGCUAACCAAAAUCUGGCCAUGCGUGAGGGACAAACCACGGUGCCGGAACAAUUUCUACAGAAAAUGAAAGUCAAUACUCUGCUGGCAGAAAAUACUCAAGAGAAUAAACAAAUGGCUGAGACAGUACAAUAUUUGGUCGAGGAACGUCGUCAACUGCAAAGAAAAUGCGAAGAGCUGGAAUCUCAAUUGAGUGGCUCGGCCAGUGUUAGUGAGCUAGAGGAGCGCUGUAACCACUUACUAGGACGUUAUUUACGCGUGGAAUCACAUCGCAAGGCUUUAGUUUAUCAAAAACGUUAUUUGAAGAUUUCGCUACAAAAUUACCAGGAUAGUGAGCAGAGAGCUUUGGCAGCUUUCAAUGGUGGUCAUUUGUUGCAGAAUACAAAACCGAAAAGAAAUUAAAGUAAGUUGGAAAAUGGGAAGGAUUUUUGGACUGUAGCCUUGGCUAUUAUUGCCAUACAACGCAUGAAGUAUAUAGGACGUAUUUGGCAUACUGGUAAACGAAUUGUCUCCAAGUCAGUAUUUACUAUAAACACAACAAAAACGUUCCCAACCACCGACCAUAAGUUGUGCAGCUAUAACCUCCACCUCACCCACUCCUCAUCAAAUAAAUGGCCAACAACAUCAGCAUCAAUAUCAGCAGCAGCUGCAAACACAACAUCAUCAUCAGUAUCAUCAACAGAAUCUGAAUAGUCCUUUGAAAUUAUUGGAACGUCCCUAUGCUCCCUUAAAAACGCCUACAUUAUUGAAUGGCAAUCGUACACCCAACUCGGCCUCAUCCUCCUCAACCUCAACAGCCACAGCAUUUGAAUGGCCCCGAGUGACUGUUAAUAAAAUGAAUAAGAAAACAUAAUCA